GCUGGUGGUGAUGGCGAUAGUGGAAGCAGUGGUGGAGGGGGAGGAGGAUGAAGGUGGAAAGCCAGUGGAGAAGGAGGAGGAGGAGGAAGAGGAGGAAGAGGAGGAAGAGGAGGAGGAGGAGGAGGAGGAGGAGGAGGAGGAGGAGGAGGAGGAGGAGGAGGAGGAGGAGGAGGAGGAGGAGGAGGAGGAGGAGGAGGAGGAGGAGGAGGAGGAGGAGGAGGAGAAGGAAGAAGGGGAGAAGAAAGAGGAGGAAGAGGAAAGGGAGGAGGAAGACGAGGUAGCCAAGCCAGUUGUAGAAGUCCUGCAGCAUCAGCAGCAUCAGCAGCACUAACCAGAACAGCUUCGCUGCCUCCCACUGC